AUGAACGGUGGAGGAAAUGUGGUCUGUGUCACCGGCGCUUCCGGUUACAUAGCGUCUUGGAUUGUGAAGCUUUUGCUCCUCCGUGGCUACACCGUCAAGGGCACUGUUCGAGAUCCAGUUGGCAAGAUUAUCGAUAUGUGCUAUCAUGCUAUCUUGAAGUGCACUUUCAUGUAUAUAUACUGCUCUCCAGAGGAUCAAAAGAAAACAGGUCAUCUUCUUGCACUUGACGGCGCAAAAGAGAGACUAAAAUUAUUCAAAGCAAAUCUUUUAGAAGAAGGUUCUUUCGAGCAUGCAAUUGAUGGAUGUGAUGCCGUCUUCCACACCGCUUCACCGGUUACACUAACUGCCGCUGAUCCUCAGGCUGAGCUGAUCAAACCAGCCGUCAUGGGCACACUUAACAUCCUUAAAACAUGCACUAAAGUGUCCACUGUCAAGAGGGUCAUCAUAACAUCGUCCAUGGCCACAGUUAUGUUUCCUAAGUCCCCCUUAAAACCAAACGAUUUCGUAGACGAAACCACCUUCUCUGAUCCAAGCGUUUGUGAGGAGGAAAAGCAAUGGUACGCACUCUCGAAGACUUUGGCCGAAGAUGCAGCAUGGCGGUUUGCCAAGGCCAACAACAUCGACUUGAUUGUAAUGAAUCCAUGCCUUGUUGUUGGACCAAUCCUACAGCCAACUCUUAAUUUCUCAGUAGAUGUGAUUGCGGAUUUUAUAAACGGUAAGAACACUUGUAAUAGGAGAUAUUAUAGACUCGUGGACGUGAGAGAUCUUGCUCUAGCUCAUGUCAAGGCACUCGAGACUCCUUCUGCCAAUGGCAGAUAUAUCAUUGAUGGUCCGCUUGUGACAACAAAAGAUAUUGAAAACGUUUUACGCGAAUUCGUUCCUGAUUUGUGCAUUACUGAUGAGAAUGAAGACAUUGAUAUUAUUUCAAGGACUUACAAAGUGAGUUUAGAGAAAGUGAAAAGUUUGGGAAUUGACUUCACUCCUACAGAAACAAGCCUUAGAGACACUGUACUUUGUCUCAAGGAGAAAUGCCUUGUGUGA